GCAGUGGCAGGAGCUGCUGUUCUGGGCACUUUGGCGACCCCAGGGUUGGUGUCUCCGGCACUGACGUUGGCCCAGCCCUUAGGGGCGUUGCCGCAAGCCGUGAUGGCCGCACAAGCACCGGGAGUCAUUACAGGUGUGACCCCCGCCCGGCCUCCCAUCCCUGUCACGAUUCCACAAGUGGGAGUUGUGAAUCCUAUCCUGGCCAGUCCCCCAGCACUGGGCCUGAUGGAAGUCAAAAAGGAGAAGGAAGAGGAGGAGGUGUUCCAGGAGUCAGAGAGGCCGGAGAUGCUGAGUGAGCAGGAGCACAUGAGCAUAUCUGGCAGCAGCGCCCGUCACAUGGUGAUGCAGAAAUUGCUGCGUAAACAGGAGUCCACUGUCAUGGUGCUUCGCAACAUGGUGGAUCCAAAGGACAUUGACGACGACCUGGAGGGAGAAGUGACGGAAGAAUGUGGCAAAUUUGGGGCUGUAAACAGAGUCAUCAUCUACCAGGAGAAGCAAGGAGAAGAGGAGGAUGCCGAGAUCAUUGUCAAGAUCUUUGUGGAGUUCUCCAUGGCGUCAGAGACUCACAAAGCCAUCCAGGCUCUGAACGGGCGCUGGUUUGCGGGGAGGAAGGUGGUAGCAGAGGUGUACGACCAGGAGAGAUUUGAUAACAGCGACCUGUCCGCAUGAACUCGACUCGAGAGACUUCGCCCCUGCCCCUCUGCCUGUCCUUUGUUUCUUUUUUAGCCGUGUAUAAAGAACACUCCAGGGCGGGCACAGAUCUCUGUGAUGUACUCGUAGUUUGGAUAAAAGCGCAAAGAAAG